ACGUGCAGUAGCCAGUCAUAAAAUCUCACGCGUGGUGCGUGCAUCUUACAUCGCCAGAUCUAUCGAGUUAACCGUUUCCGAUUAGACAGAAGUUCUAACGACAAUUAACGAAGCUAGUACGAUAAUGUAAUUUGUGCUUCUUCUUCUGGUGCCAUUAACAUUAACGACUAAGCGUGGAAAGCGUUUCAAUCCGAAACUGCCAGACAAUUAGAACUUAAUCAGGAAAGUUUUCUUCUCGUAUAACUAAUUUGGAGAUUCGCAAUGGAGCCAUCUACUUUGCUUCUGACUAUUCUGGCAGCGAGUAUUUGCUUAUAUUAUUUUGUUCUAAGCAAGUUAACUUACUUCGAGCGACGGAAGGUCCCGCAUGUGCGACCGAUUCCACUGUUCGGCAACAUGGCACCUUUCUUUUUUCAACGUAUAGCCCAUAUGGAGCAUAUACAAAAGCUAUACAAUCUUUUCUCGAAUGCAAAAUACUUCGGCCUCUACGAUUUUAUGACUCCAGUCUACGUCAUCCGUGAUCCAGAUCUGAUUGCCACGAUUGCCAUCAAGCAGUUCGACAACUUCUGUGAUCAUAACAACUUCGUGAACGAAACUCUUGAUCCGAUAGCCGCUAGAAAUCUGUUUGGCCUGAAAGGGGAUCACUGGCGCGAGAUGCGAAAGCUUCUUAGCCCUAGUUUCACGUCCAGCAAGAUGAAGAUGAUGUUCGAACUUAUGACUCAGUGCGUCGAGAACUUCGUCGAUUUUGUGGCAACGGAAUCCGGGAAAACCGGCAAGACAUAUGAUAUGAAAGAAUUACUGGGCAGAUUCGCCAACGAUACAGUGGCCACGUGUGCCUUCGGCAUCAGCGUGGAUUCUUUUAAGCAUCCGAACAACGAGUUCAUCUUGCUUGCCAAGAAAGCAAUGACUUUUGACAACUGGAUGUCCUUCAAGUUCUUCAUGCAUAGAAACUUCACGCCACUUGCAAAACUCCUCAAGCUCAGAAUGUUUGGCCCAAAGAUAGAGAAUUUUUUCAAAAAUAUCCUUUCCACCACUGUUAAGACCAGAGACGAGCAGGGAAUUUUUCGUCCGGACAUGAUUCAGUUGAUGAUGGAGACCAGGAACAAAGGUAGCGGACCUAAGUUCGACAUUGACGAAAUGACCGCCCAGGCAUUCGUUUUCUUUCUCGGCGGAUUCGAUAGUACCUCAUCAACCAUGAGUUUUAUAGUUCAUGAAGUCGCUGUCAAUCCCGAUGUUCAGAGAAAAUUAAGGGAAGAAAUUGAUGAUGUUGUCAGACAGACCAACGGUAAACCUACCUACGAGGCCAUCAAUCGAAUGAAGUACUUAGACGCCGUGGUAAACGAGACUCUCAGAAUAUAUCCGAUAGCAUCUUUCGUAGACAGAAAAUGUGUCAAAGAAACCGAAUUGCCACCAGCGACUUCAGACGGCGAACCAGUCAUAAUAAAGCCUGGAGAAAACAUAUGGUUCCCAGCUUUCUCUCUGCAUCGCGAUCCACAGUAUUAUCCACAGCCAAACAAAUUUGAUCCAGAAAGAUUCCUUAACGAUCAGGUGGACAAUUCGGUCUAUAUACCAUUUGGUGUCGGACCCAGAGUCUGCAUAGGUAAUAGAUUCGCCCUAAUGGAAGCAAAAAUUAUGAUGUUUUAUCUGCUUUGGCGUUGCGAUAUCGAACCCGAUGUUAAAACCAGAAAUCCUAUUGUAUUUACAAAGAAAUCAUUUGUCAUGAUGCCAGACGUUGGCUUUUGGUUGAAAUUGCGAGCGAGACAAUCGAAAACUCCUGUUACACAAUUAUCGAACGGACAUGGAAUUGAGGGACAGUGAUGAAGCAUAUUUACAAUUCAUCAAGCAUGGAAUUAUAUACUUAUAUAAAGUUGCUCUUUCAAAUUGUAGCAAGAAUCCACUUUUCCUCAAUUAUAUGUAUAUAUAAAAUAAUUUAAAAUUUUCA